AUCAGAGCGAGCAAAAAAGUUACUUCGUGUCUGCCACGUAGCAAUUCUUGCCGUUGUAUGUUGUCGGAUAACGGAGUCUUUUAUUUUUUUUAUACUGACACACUUAGUCGAUUGUUAGUUUAUGUUAAUAUAGUUGUUUUAAUACUGAAAUGUUACUCGGGUUUUUGUGCUGGUUCUGGGCAUCACUCUUCUUGUAUGUGAGGGGAGCUAAACUGCCAGAGCCGGAGGUGAAAAUCGAAGUUUUGCACAAACCUUUUCUUUGUCACCGCAAGUCCAAAUAUGGGGAUAUGCUUCUGGUGCACUACGAGGGAUAUCUGGAGAGCAAUGGCACACUGUUUCAUUCCAGCCGUACACAUGGCGAUAGGAACCCGGUGUGGUUCACCCUGGGGAUCCGUGAGGUGAUCAAAGGCUGGGACAAGGGCCUGCAGAACAUGUGCACGGGGGAGAAGAGGAAGCUGACUGUUCCACCUGCGCUAGCUUACGGGAAGGAGGGAAAAGGAAAAAUUCCCCCUGAAAGCACUCUGAUCUUCAACAUAGAGAUCAUGGACAUCCGAAACGGCCCCAGGUCUCAUGAGUCCUUUAAGGAAAUGGAUCUGAACGAUGACUGGAAGCUCUCCAAGCUAGAGGUGAAAGAGUAUCUGAAGAAAGAGUUUCAGAAACAUGGUUAUUCUGCCAAUGACACGCACCACGAAGUCAUGGUGGAAGACAUUUUCAAGAAAGAGGAUGAAGAUGAAGACGGAUUUAUAUCUGCCAGAGAAUUUACUUACGAACAUGAUGAACUGUAGAAACCACAGGAUUUUCACUACCUCAGUCUGCAAUGUGUUGAAUUAGAGAAGUGGAUCAUCAGUUUAAAUCUAAUACUCUUAUAACAAAUAGCACAGUAUUUCUAAUCCUCUUUUUUGGUUUUUAGUACAGUUUUUUUGUUCUGCAAUUUAGUAAUUGAACUGGUCACAUGUUUAAACUGCCUUUGCAAAUUGACAAAGAAACUGGUUCAGACAAGCUCUGGCAAAGGUUAGUUGGUUUUCAUUUAAACACACAUUUUGUGAAUGGAAAAUUAAAACGGGUUAAGAACUGUUCCAUUUCUGUAUCUAUUUUGUUUGUAAUGUUUUGGUAUAUUUUUGUCUG